AUGAAAGAGGAGCGUGAGUUGUUGGUAGGUCAUCUGAUGGCAGAGUUACAUGCAUUCUGUCGUGAACGUCAACUUGACUUUUCAUUCGUUGAUCUGCGUUGGGGUAUCACCAGAGAGCAGACUCAACGACUAAACUCAAUCACCACCUGUUUGAACGAGGUGGCUGUCUGUACACAUUUCCUGUCUUUGCUUGGUGAUCGCUAUGGUUGGUGUGAAGGUGAACUCUACGAUUCCGCCUUUAAGAGUGCACAGCUGACUCGUCCAUGGAUGAACAGCUAUCACGGACACAGUGUUACCGAUCUAGAGAUAUUACAAGCAACUAAAUUCGCACCGACACCAAAAUACCAUUUCUUCUAUGAAAAGGAAUCGACACCAACUUCUAAGACCGAUCGUAACAAUUCUCCUACUCAGAGCAGCAACGAUAAUUCUCCGGGAGCGCAAGCUAAACUCCAUAGUCUUAAAUCAAAGAUUAAAGAUCACAAACUUUUGAAUUCAAGCUAUGGUGAAUCCGAUUUGAACAGUUGGAUAAAGACUGUCUAUAGAGAUAUAACAGAUUCGAUUGAAUCUCAAUAUCCAUUGUCAGAACAACUACAACAUACUCAACAACAUCAGUUGGAUCUCGAUAUGAAUAUCUCUUACUUCAAACAACUUUCAAAAGUAUAUUUACAGUGUAAUAUUGCUGCUAUCGAUAGUUUGAAUGAAUACGUACAAUCCAGCCAAUCAUCACCGUUGUUGGUAGUCGGUGAGAGUGGUGUAGGUAAAUCGACACACAUCGGUCACUGGUUAAUUAAUGAAUUGGAUAAGCGAGUCGAUGUCAAUAAGACAUUCGUAGUUGCCAUAGUGGUUGGAUUGUCACCAAAGAGCUAUCAGCCAUACGAAGUUCUAAAGUCAACAUUUGAAAUUAUCAAAGCUGCCACUGCCAGUCAGGUGCCUAUCCCUGACGAUCCUGCUCUCCUGAAAGAAGACAUUGAUUUCUGGUUCAGUGUUGCCACACGUGAUAAUCGCAAGUUCAUUUGGAUCAUCGAUGGUAUCGAUCGUUUCGAGAAGCCAUUCAAUCUCGACUCGAUCCUACCGCGUCAACUGGCCGGCAGUUCCAUCAAGAUAAUCCUAUCCACCACACUCUCCAACCAGACAGAGACAACCAGAAUUCUAAACAAUCUCUAUCGACAAACCAUAGCUGUUCCAGUUGUUAAAUUCAUCAACGCCGAUAUGAGAAGUGAAUUCUCUUCAAUGUACCUCUCGGUGGUCGGAAAGAGCCUGGACAACAAACAACUAGAGAAACUUGCCAAGCUCGAUCAAACACCUCUGUUCCUAUCGAUGGUUCUAAAUGAAUUGAUUACCACUGCAACAUUUGAGACGAUCGACGACAAGUUGAAUACUAUGCUUAGAUGUGUUACUUUGGAUCAGUUGUUCCAAUCAAUUGUCAAUCGUUGGAAAUCCGAUGCACUCUAUCCCGACAACCUCGUACAAGACACACUAAGUCUGCUGCAUCACAGUAACUUUGGAUUGUACGAAGAGGAACUAAUGUCAAUGCUACAACUGACCAAUAGUUCUGGAUUCAUUUCGGCAGCAAGAGGAAUACUCUCGAUGGAUGGACGUAGUAACUUCCUCGGCUUACACUCACAGCCACUACGUGAUGCCGUUCAAAAAAACGUAGUCGUUUCCUCAUCGAAAUCAAAGUAUCUUGGCUUACUAUGUAGCUAUUUCAACAGUCAAGAUUGUCCUGCUUCACCAAAGCGUAGAGUUCAACUGCUACCUCGUUAUCUCAAGGCAAACAACGAUGCCAAAUCUCUAGAGAAGUUCCUACUCAAUCUACAAUACCUCUCGCUGUUGGUCGGUGAAUAUGGAAACGCUGGAUUGUUAGAACUCUGGCAAUUUAUUGGUACCGAUAAGAAGCAGAUUAUUCAUCUCUACCGAACGGAAUUCAGUAGAUACACCGCACCUCUACAAGAACAGGCAGAGACCACCAGAGUUCUCGGACUUUUCUUUGAGUAUCUUUCGUUCUACGACGAUGCAUGGACUAUCAUUGACACUGCCAAAGACUAUCACAUCCAACUCAACGGUGAAGUCAGUCUCAAUGUUCAACUCGACAUUGAAACACUCUCAACCAUCACAUUGAAACAAUCUAAACUUGAAACAUCAACCUAUUUAUCUGAGAAAGCAUUAGCCAUUUCAGAGAAUAUAUUUGGUGCAGAUCAAUAUGGAACUUGUGAAUCUUUAUUAUUGGUUGGUAUUGGUUUGAAGAAACAAGCAAACUAUGAUCAAGCGUUAGAGUACUAUGAAAGAGCAACAAAGAUUAUCCAUAGAUACUUUGGAUACCAAGAGACAGCAACAGUUGGUCCACAGCUAUUCAACUCAAAGCUAGCCAAUCUCUAUUUGAAUCUCGGUGAUAUCUACAGAAAGAAAGCGAUAUUCGAUCGUGCAAGUCAAUAUUAUCAAAUGACUUUGACUAUUCUCAACAACAUCAGAGCGAAAGAUGAUAUCAGUUUCGCUGAACUCUACAAAGAUCUCGGUCUAGUGGAGAAGAAGCUUGGUCACUACCAGAAGGCAAGCGAAUACUACCUCAAAGCACUCGAUAUCGUAAAGAAGAACAGCGGUGAAGAUCAUGCAAACUACGGUCUGUAUCUCUGUGAUCUCGCCGAUACCAAACGUAAAGAGGAUCGAUUCUCAGAGGCAGAGAAGAUCUACAACCAAGCACUCGCCAUUCUUAUCGCAAAGCUUGGUCAAGACAACAUAGAGGUAGCAGAGAUCUACAACAAUCUUGGAUUGAUCCGAAAGAAACUCGGUCACUAUAAAGAUGCAAUCGAAUUCUACAAGAAAGCAUUGACCAUCGGUGAGAAUGCACUUGGUAAAUCACAUACCAAAGUUGGUUUCUUUAUUCAUAAUCUUGGUGAUUGCUACCGUAAGCUUGGUGACUACAAACAGUGUGAAACUCUCUUCUCGAGAUCAUUGUCGAUCUCACAGAAUCACUUUGGAUUCGAUCAUCCAGAGGUAGCAGAGAUACUCAACAGCAUGGGAUUGGUCUAUAAGAAACAAUCUAAAUACCAACUCGCUGAAAAGGAAUACAAACGAGCCAUCGCUAUUGUAUCAAAAUCAUUAGGUUCUGAUCAUCCUAAACUUGGUAUCUACACAAAUAAUCUAGCUGAUGUGUAUCGUAAAACUGGAAAGUUUGAUGUAGCUAAAUCUAUGUAUAAUAAAGCAUUAAAUAUUAUCGAGAAAUCACUUGGUAAUAAACACUCUGAAUACGCAGAGGUGUUGUAUGGUCUUGGUUUGUUGAAUCUAGGACUACAACAAUUUGAUAAAGCAAUCGAGUAUAUCGAUAGUGCCAUAGCUAUCACUCGUGCUGACCUUGGCGAUAGACAUCCAAAGGUUGGAAUCUUCUUGAACUCACUCUGUGAAGUCAAGAUUGCAAGAGAGAAAUCAAAUCAACCACAAAUAACAAUCAAUAGCAAUGACAAUGACAACUAUAAUAACUACAAUAAUUACAACAACUACAAUAAUACUACAAAUAAUAGUAGUAGUAAAUCAAUUGUAACACCAACCAAAACAAUUGAACCAUUCAAUAUCGAACAAAUAAGAUCAACUUACGAAUUGGCAUAUAGUAUUCUGGUGGAGGAUCUUGGUGCUGGACAUCCAGAGAUUGCUGAUAUCUGGACGAAUCGUGCAGAGUUGGAGUUCCAGUAUGGUAGUCACCAACGCUCCAAAGAAUAUUUCAUCAAAGCACUCGAUAUCAUUAAGGAGGUGUUUGGUACUGAGCAUGCAAAGUACACUUCAAUCUCUGAUCGUAUCCGUUAUUUCACUGGCGAUGUCAUUGAGACACCUGCACCGACCAUCGAAGAAGCACAAGUACCAGAGGUCAGUCUGGAGUCUGCUCACCAACUGGAACUCCAAAAGCAACAAAUGCAGAAAAAGUUUGAUCCAUAUGAUAUCAGCUUGAUCAUGUCCACCCUGAAAAUCACUGAAGAUGUAGCCAUCAAAUUGAUGAGACAGGCCAAUGGUGAUAUUGUCAAUGCAAUUCUAGCCUAUAACCCAUAA